GCGAUUUUCAAAAUACUUGUCCACUCGUCAGCUUCAGAAAAAAUGCAAUUUUCUCCAAACAACUAAAGUUUCCAAGCAUUUAGAUGGGUCUGUGGGGUCAUUAUGAUCCGUUCUUUAGACGCAGAUGUGCGUUCUCUUCUCAGGUCAGGUAUUGCCGUGUCAAACCUGACACAAUGUCUGGAUGAGUUGGUGGUGAACAGUUUAGAUGCAGGUUCAACUUGUGUCUCUGUUCGCGUCGAUAUUCCUUCAUUUCGUCUCCAAGUCAUUGAUAAUGGCUGCGGAAUAUCUAAAGAUGACCUCGAACUUCUAGGAGAGAGAUACGCAACCAGUAAAUGUCAUUCUCUGGAGGAUUUGAGCGAGCUGAAGUCUUAUGGCUUUCGAGGAGAAGCAUUGGCCAGUAUUUGCGACAUCGCUGGGAUCUUGGAAGUCGUUACACGACAUAAAUCGUCCUUCAAAACGUAUUGUAAGAUUUUCCGAAAUGGCAAAGCACUAAAGGUGACGGAAUCGUGCCUCCCUCGCUCAAAUGUUGGGACAACUGUCAGCGCAUACGACUUGUUUUCUUCUCUUCCUGUUAGACGAAAGCUUGUCUCCGAUGUGUUUGACUUAGAGAGAAUGCGCCAGAGACUAACCAGCAUUGCCCUCAUCAACCCAAGUGUUUCAUUUUCUCUCUAUAAUGAUGCUUCUGGUCAAAAAUGCCUUCAAACUCACAAAAGUCAAUCUACGGUUUCCACAUUUUCUCAGUUGUUUGGCAACUUGAAAGCCAAGAGCUUGCGAGAAAUUCGCUUUCAAGAAAGAAGCUUUAGGAUCUCCGGCUACGUUGGAUUAGAGACGCAUCACAAUAAAAAUCUCCAGUUUGUGUACGUUAAUAGUCGUUUACUAUUAAAAACUAAGAUUCAUAAACUUGUUAAUCGACUCUUAGCCAGGUCUUUGUUGUUGAAGAGACUGGCACUGCCUUGUAACGAUGGAGAUGUGAGGUUAGGGCAACACAGGUCCCCUCCAAGGCAAGGCUCCGAAAAGUAUCCCAUAUUCAUCAUGAAUAUCAGCUGCCCCUUGACGGAUUAUGACAUUACAUUAGAGCCAGCCAAGACGCUGGUGGAAUUCCAAGACUGGGAUGGAAUUUUAUCUUGUGUGCAGGGCUAUAUUGAGUCAUUCCUCGAGAGGGAAAAUUUAAUACUUCCAGGGGAACAAACUGAAGAUGUAGUUGAGAAUGAGAAUGGCAGCCAGGCAGAGGAUUCUAGUGACAGCCAAGUUGAUCUGAGUGUCUAUGAAUACCAAACAACUGCGACGGAUAGUAACAAACACASUCAAUGUAUCAGCCCUAGUAAUAUCAGAAAGAGCUUACAAUCUUCAGUUGUGCAUAGAAAAUCAACUCAGCUUUGUAGCGCAGAGAACAGAAGCGGCGACAAUCUUCACAACCAGGAAGGUGGACGUGAAAUGAAACUUACAGAUACUGCAGAGAAAUGCUCGAAGGAUUUAAAUAAUUCAUCUCAUAAUGUUAAAGGUUUGCCUAAUACUCGUCCUAAAAAGGUUUUAGAUAUACGAAUAGCCUACGAGAAAAGUGUCGAGCAAGCGAAAGAAUGUUGUUCAGAAUCUGGAAUUAAAAUAUCCACUCUCGGAGUGGCAAAUGAGCAGGAAAUUGAGAAUCCACUGCGCAAUAGAGCACAGCUAUUUUUGAGGACGUCUGACACAUCUAAUACCAGAACUCAUUCCAAAAGCUGUUUUAAUUCUCCGAAUCCAAUAACCCUUCAACCUAGAGGAGCUAGAAAGAGAUUCCACACCGACGCCCGCUCGAAAGGGAUAAAUACUAAUAGUUGUACUUUAUUGAAUCGUUUCGCACUCGAUAGAUCUAAGAAAGUGAGUAGAAUCAGUAAUAUUGAAAAUACGACAUUCCAAGGUAACACAACUAACAGCUUUAAUAACUUGCCACCUAAUAUUUUGACUCAAGAUAUCGCGAAUUUUUAUGGAAGCUUUUCCCAAGACAAUCGUAAUGACAAUGGGACGAAUGAGCAAGUUAGUGGAUUGGAUGGUAUGGAAUCGUUAAGAGAAAAGUUUGCCUCUACGCCGUCUAAGAGUAAUUUGCAACAGCAAGGAGUUAAAGAAGCACCAUUAGAUUUAAUAGACUUAUUAGAUCGUGAUAACUACACUGAAAGAGAAUCAUCCGAAGCAAACAAAGCAGACAAUACGUCGUGUUUUAGUGAGAAUAUAAUUCCACAGGGAACCUAUACAAAAGAAAAUGAAACUAGUGCUCCAGAUGACAAGAAUACAAGUGUCAGGACUGUCAAUAUAAUUGUAGACAAGAUACAGGAUGAAGAGGAAUCCACUUGUGAAGUGGGUGUGGCACCUCGUGGUAUUGGUCGUGAAGCUGGUACUUCUAAGGCACCGAAGGAUCCCAAUGGAAAUGAAAACGAGCUAUAUAAACAGGGUGAAAAGAUUUCUUUUGGACAUGAAAAUAAUGAUGACCCACUUGAAAACUGGCAGUGUACCUAUGAUGUAAACCUACAGAGGAAGUUAUAUAUUAAUCUGAGAACAGGAAAUACCUCAUAUGAUUGUCCCGAAGGACUUAAUAAUAGUGAUGAACACAAGAAGAAGGAGGAGGAGUGUAGUCUGGAGGGUAGGUUGGAGACAAGGAGUAGGGGUCCUCUGAGUUGCGCCCCGCAUGUCUCGUUUGACUGUACCCCAUGGCUGCCUCGUAAGAACAGAAUGAGGACGACAGGAAGCAAUCAAAAGGAAUGUGAAAUAAAAGAUUCUGUCCCUUCAUCGUCAAUCCCCGACCUCGAUGAGAAGUCAAAGACAGAAAAGCCUGUGAGGGGUAGUGAGGGUAUUGUUUCUCUGAUGUUCGAUGAGUGGGACAACCCUGUGUUUAGUUCAUUGCCUGGAAUGGACAUAACAAGCCUGUCCAAGCCUACAAAGGGUACGGGGAACGAAGUGCGUGCAUACAGAUCUAUUCAUCCAUAUCGAUUCACAAAGGCCAUGGUCAAAGACUUACAGGUCAUACGACAAGUGGACGACAAAUUUAUCGUAUGUCGCGUACUACGUCCGCCUCAAGAUGAGAGUGAUAAGGAUGCCGACACUAAAAAUGAGGAGGAGGGCGAUUAUUUAAUUGUGUUGUUGGACCAGCAUGCAGUGCACGAAAGAAUUCGAUUAGAAAAACUGAUCGAUGAUCUCUGUGUGAGCGAGGCAAACCAAAUCAAUCAACCUCGUCUUAAAGCAUCCACCGUCUCUCCUUCAGUGGAACUCGAAUUCACCUCCCAAGAACUCCUCCUACUCAAGCGUUUUCGAAGCGAAUUAGCGCGUGUUGGCGUACGCUUUGUGAUUGGUUCCGAUAUGGAUUCGGACGAGUCGCGCGUGAUCGUUCACGAACUGCCCAGCCCCUUCGUGGACCGAGAGGUUUCCGAGACCCGACGAAGAAGACCCUCGGUGGCUGUCAGCAUUGUAAAGGAGCUCAUUCAAAGCCAUGUCGAGCACAUGAGACAGACUAGUGGAGUCGCACCACCAAUACCAAAGACAAUCUUACGUGUGCUUAGUUCACAGGCUUGUCAUGGUGCAGUCAAGUUUGGGGAGCAACUUACCGUGGAGGAAUGCAAGCACCUAAUUCAGGAUUUAUCAGCGUGUGACCUGCCUUUUCAAUGUGCGCAUGGAAGACCAUCUAUUGUUCCCUUGGUGGAUCUACAGCUGCUCAGAAGAAAAGUACUUCAGUUUGAGGCUGAUGGUGAACGCCCUAAGCUGAGGAAACUGUCAAACGCGAUCAACAUCUAGUAGGCACGUGUAAGGAAUUACGCCUSGUUUAUAGUCCUCAUUGCCUUGGGCGUAGUGUUUUCACAUUUUAGACCACGUGUCAUUCCCUCAAUUAAGUGUCAUUCCUUUCCUUUAACGGUUGUGCAUGAGAAGACACAUGAAUAUGGAUACAACUGAAACAAAUUAUAU